AUAUAGAACCAUUGUCACGGGAGGUAUAUCCUUCUCUGAUAUGACGAAGAGUGUAGCCGGAAAUUAUCUUUAAUCCCACAGUUCCCUCCCCUCCCAUUUUUACAAUCAGAUGUCACCGCCCCCGUUUAUCCAUCAUUCUCAACAGUUGGCCUUAAAAUUGCAGUUUUUUAAAUCUGAAACAAGGAGGUGAAUGGGACAUCAAGGACGGUGCAUGGGACCUCAAAAAUGUCUGGAUAAUUUGUACAUGAAUGUGUGUUAAAGUGUAAACAUUUAGGUUCUCCAGUGAGUGUGGUCAGUUCAGAUUUCUGUCUGUUCCACGAAAUGCAUCUGCUGCUGAUCAUUUCAUUCUGCCUCAGUAUCUGUUCUUCUGUGCUGAGUGCAGCAGUAAUACAUCCAUGUAGUUCUGUAUACAGAGGCUUUGCUGAGUGUCUGGUCACUUUGGGUGAUAGUGUAAGCUCCAAGACUGAUAACCCACAGGACAUCAACUCCAUUUGCAAGUCAUGGGAUGCUUUCCAGGUGUGUGUGAGUGGUGUCUUGUUGAGCUGCCGAGGUGAUGCAGCAGAAAUUUGGGAAUCUUUGAGGGCGGAGUCCCGGAAAACAGCGUUUGCUGGUAACCUCUACGACAUGUGUGCUGGUCGUACUGAAGCUGCAACUGCAACUGCAACCACACCUCUGGUUCCCAACACUGACCAAACCAACCAGGAAACACUCAAAGGACUCGCUCAUUCUGUUAGCCACUCAGUCAGUAAAGAGCUGCUCCAGAUAUGCCUCUCUCUUCUCCUGCUGCUUUUGUAA